GCUCUUCUCCUACAUACAACUUACAGCGAUUAAAUGGAAAUAUUGAGAUUUGAUCUAAUAUUUUCUUAAAAAACACAUCCAGAGAUUGCACUGUUGUUAUAGACAAAUUUCUUCCCCAUCCUGAAGCAUUCAACGCCAAAGAGAUAAAUAACACGAUGAUUUUUUUAUAUUAGUUGAGCAAUUAGGAUCAAACCCAUCUAAAAUGCGGGGAUGGAGAAACGCUGUUCAAGAAACUGCUGCCUCAAAACCCCUCUUUCUAACCAUAUACGCCACCGUUAUACUGGGGACAGUGGUGUCUUCCUUUUACGUAUUCUCCGCUAUUUACUCUCCAACCGCUUCCCCCACUCGCUCUAUCUCUUCUUCUUGGCUUUUGGCCCCUCCUCUCUCCCAAAAUGGGGUUUCUCUUUCCAGCAACAUUUCUCAACCAUCACAGCAUAGGAGCAACAAGUUGAGACCUAUUUGGGAGGCCCCAUCUCGUACUUCCAAAAUGCCUCGUUUAAAGUCCUUUAGACUAACUAAAGAACUGGUUGCACAAAGGGCAAAAGAUAAUGUCAUCAUAGUCACCUUUGGUAACUUUGCUUUUAUGGAUUUCAUCCUGACUUGGGUUAAACACUUGACCGAUCUUGGUGUUUCUAAUCUUCUGGUUGGUGCUAUGGACACCAAACUACUGAAGGCUCUGUAUUGGAAAGGUAUCCCAGUCUUUGAUAUGGGCAGCCAUAUAAGCACAGAUGAUGUUGGCUGGGGUUCUCCCAUAUUUCAUAAAAUGGGGAGACAGAAAGUCUUACUUAUAAAUGCAAUACUUCCUUUUGGUUUUGAGCUAUUGAUGUGUGAUACAGACAUGGUGUGGUUGAAGAAUCCACUGCCAUAUCUUGCUCGGUACCCUGAUGCAGACAUCUUAACUUCUAGUGACCAAGUUGUGCCAACAGUUGUUGACGACAGAUUGGCUGACUGGAAACAAGUUGGUGCCGCCUACAAUAUAGGAAUUUUCCACUGGCGCCCAACACCACCCGCGAAAAAACUGGCAAAAGAAUGGAUAGAUAUGCUUUUAGCUGAUGAUAGGAUAUGGGAUCAGAAUGGAUUUAAUGAACUUGUACGUAGGCAGACAGGGCCAGCCUUUGAUGAUGAGAGUGGAAUUUUUUACUCUUAUGAUGGAAAUCUCAAGCUGGGAAUUCUGCCAGAAAGUUUAUUUUGUAGUGGACACACUUAUUUUGUUCAGGCUCUGCAUCAGCAAUUUAGGCUGCAACCAUACGCAUUGCACACUACGUUCCAGUAUGCUGGUACUGAAGGGAAGCGUCAUCGACUGCGGGAAGCCAUGGUUUUCUUUGAUCCUCCAGAAUACUAUGAUGCACCUGGAGGAUUCUUGUCAUUUAGACCUUCUAUUUCUAAGAGCUUGUUACUGGAUGGGGAGCAUAAUCUUGAAUCGCACUUCUCUCUUAUUAAUUACCAAAUGAGACAAAUAAGGUCAGCACUUGCUAUUGCCUCAGUGUUGAACCGUACACUGUAUGAGUUUUGCCAUGAAUUACUUGUGCCUAGCAGUAACAAAAGUAAUCAAGGGAAAACAAUCUAUAAUUUAGAAAUUCAUCUUAGCAAAGAGCCAAUGAGAUGUGUUGUGCAGGUUAUGCCUCCAUUAUGGUGCAGAUUGGAUAGGCUGUGGUUUCCACAUCCUGGGGCACUGCUGGGGUCAUUGACUAGACAACCUUUUCUCUGCCCUUUGGACCAUGUUUUUGAGGUGAAUGUAAUGUUGAGAGACCUUCCAGCGGAGGAAUUUGGUCCUGCAAUCAACAUCAGAGAGUACUCUUUUCUCAACAACCCAUUCUUACCCCAACGAGUAAGGGAGUCGUGGCUUGAUGUUCAGCUUUGUCAAGAAGGAACUGAAGAUUGCCAUGCGUCAAGCAACACAAGUCGACCGGGUCUUUUAAGAUUUCCUAAACGCAGCAGUGAAGAAACGUUGAAGAAGGUGUUCUCUUCAUUCAAGGAUGUCAAAGUCAUUCAGUUCUCUUCGAUGCAAGAUGCUUUUCUUGGUUUCACUGACAAGACAAGAGAGGAGAAAUUCAGGAAACGUGUAAAGCAGUAUGUAGGUAUAUGGUGCUGUGUUGAGAACCACAUUCCUGGACACAUAUAUUAUGACAUGUAUUGGGACGAGAAACCGGGUUGGAAACCUAUUCCACCUAAAACCCCAGAGGACGAUCAUCCACCUUUCUGAAGCCCUCUCUUCACCCUCUUAUCAAAAGGUUGCCCAAGUUCUGGCCUUGGGAGGUAGAAAAAGAGAGAGUGACAGUGACGGUGACUGUGACUGUGACAGUGACAGUGACAGUGACCGAGUUUCAAAGCUGCUAUGGUUCCUAACACAUCGUCAAAAACCAAGAAUAUUGUCUUCAUAGAUUAAAAUGGGAUGAGAUUGCAUUAGUAUUAGCAUUAGUAUUCGGACUUGGAGAACAAAUGUCUGGAGUCUGAAAUUUGGAACAUUUGAGGGCUGAUGUGUUUUUCACCCCUCUAUAUAUGUACCAUUGAUAGUUUUUUUUU